GCUGACUGUAGCGCAGCCGCAGUAGGGAGCCGGCGCUGUGGCGUUAGAAACUGCCUUCGCGGCGCAGGCGCAAGGGGAUUUGGCGCCAGCGCUUGUGCGCGGCGAAUGAAUGUUGUGGAAGCGGCAGCGCUGAGGCUUCUUUAACAAGCAUACCAGUGAUGUUAUGGAAAAGAAAAUGGCUGACAAACCUGUGGAAAGACCAGCUUUCUUUGAAAUAUUUAAGGCACGAUGCAGUGAAUCAGACUUAGGGCCAAUAAGUCUCAACUGGUUUGAGGAACUCAGCACAGAAGCUCCACCCUAUGAAUCUGAAACAUCAGAGAAACUUGAAUACAGAGCUGGCUGGCUUGAUCAAAGUGCUACUAAAACUCCAAGAGGGAAACCCUCUACAUAUAGCCAGUUGGCAUCAACUCCAAUGAUUUUCAAAGAACAGAGUGCAACAUUGCCACUUUUGUCUUCUCCAAUAAAAGAACUGGGUCAGAAGAAAAUAGAAGCAGGCAAAGUCAGUUUGGUUAACAAAGAACAUAGAAUAAGUCCACAUGUUAUGAAGACAAAAUUGGAUCAAACAACUGAAAUAUUUUCACCUCUCAAUACCUCCCUCAGUGUAAGUCCAGCGGCUUUAAGGGAUAUUUACAGAACACCACAAAGAAAUAAUAUUCCUGUGGCACGUGGACGCUUGUUUUGCACACCUAAAUUUUUGGAGGUUAAGACACCAAAAUGUAUUUCUGAAGGCCUGGGAGCAGAAGUGGAUCCAGAUAUGUCUUGGUCAAGUUCUUUAGCCACACCCCCUACGCUUAGUGCAACAGUGAUAAUAGCUAGAGGAAAUGAUUCCAUAUCUGGAGCAAAGCAACAUGAUGAGAGAAUUGCUAUGGUCUUGCACAACUUUUUCUCCAGUCAGGGUAAAAGGCCUGAGAAGAAUGAUAUAAAUGUACUAUCCAUACCAGAGACAGUAAACUUAAAUACAGAAAUUGAUGUCAAAGACCAUGAGCUGGAGAAGAUGUUAGAUGGCUCAUUUGGUGAGAUGAAUAGCUUGGAAGAUAGAUUUCACAUUUCCAUUAAGUCAGGUGGGAACAAAAUGGCACAAAAUGCCCUGCAAGAUGGAGAGAUGCAUGAAAUGACCAUAGAUAUGCCAGAUGCAGGGGAACAUGUUCUUUCUGUAUGUCGUACUAGUGGCAAAUGUCUACAAGAAGUGAAAACAACCAACUGGACUAAGAAAACACACUUUGAUAAAAUGUCUACUGUUUUACUUCAAGAGACUAGUGAAGUGAUGGGGAAUUUUAAAGAUGCUUGCUUAAGGUGUGAAAGAGAAUUGGAUUCUCCUAGGUGUGAGCUGUUUACCCCUAACAUACCAAAUAAUAGAAUACAGAAGCCCUCAGAAAAUAGAAAAUUUACAAGGGAGGAUAUGCCAUCUUCUUUAACGUCUGAAUGGUCUCAGCUGAACUUGUCUGGUCUAGAUGUAACACAACUGGAAAAAAUAUCCACCCGGGACACUUGUUCACCGUCCAGUUUCUGUAGCAAGAAAAGAUCUGAAGGCAAAUUAGCACUUGUGACUAAGGAACAUGAUAACUUCAGUACUUUUGAAACAUCUUUACUGAACACUUCAAGUCUAAUAAAAGCAGAAAAGCUGUUGAAUAUCAAUUGGUCAGAACACAUAGAGAACGAAACAAAAACUUAUGAAAAGUACUCAACCUCUGAAACCUCUCUAAUGCAUUCUGUCUCUCUGAGUGUUCAGGAUCCAACUUUAGUGAAAGCAUCUGCAGCUGAAAAGGUUUCUGAAGUGAACUUUUUAGACUGUAGUUCCUUCUUAAUGGAAAAUACAAACUUUACAGAAUACCCAGAAGUCCAUAACAGUUGCUUUCAUAAACAUUUAAAGGAACGUUCUAAAUGUUCCAUAACUGAUGUUACCUCUCACCCUGUUAUAUGUAAUGCUUCAAUUCCGAAUAAUCCUGAUGACACAAAAUGGUCAACAAAUAAUGAAAACACCCCUGUGAGAUCUGGCUUGGAAAGCAUGAGUGUGUUAUCCAGCUUGAAAAAGAGACCAAAAAGAUUUAUUUAUACAGUAAACAAUGCUUCCCCGUAUCAAGAGGGAAAUGUCCAGAAAGAAAUAAAAACAGGUUCUUUUACUCAUUCUGCAUCAUCUCAUUCAGAAUUUGAAUCAUGUACCUUUAAAGGUCCUGAUACAGCCAAUAAUGAUGAUCAAGAUCUUUUGGUUUCUUCUGCUGAGAGAAAGUAUUUGCGGUCAGAUACUGAGGAAAAUUCCACGCUAUUGAGCAAAUAUGCCACAAGAGCAGAUAGAGUAGAUAACUCACCUAGUAGUUCUUUCAAUAACAGAAUGAUACAUCAAGACUUGAAAGAUGUAUUAAGAAAUAAUAGCAGGGAACAUCAGCCUGCUUCAUCAUUAAAUUGCUCAGAAACGUCUAAUACUCCAAAAGAAUAUUUUAUGCAUAGGAACGUUAAUCCGAAUAACGACACUGUUAUACUUCAGAUCUUUAAGGAUCAACCUGGAGAGCCGUCUAGUGAUAGUGAACAGUUGGUUGAAAUGGAACAAGAGCCAGUAUCUAUGAAAAACUGUCACUUCAAUGAUACUUUGAGUGAAAUUAACCUUGACAUAAGUAAGAACAAUAGUGUUUGUUGCAAUAAAAAAACAUCAGGAGAUGAAAAUGAUGUUACAGGCCAUUUGCCAAUAGAUGAAUGCGAAGCUGUAACUCUGCCACCUAUGGCAAUUCAGCCAUAUAAAAAUUAUAUGUUAAACAGAGAGAGAAAAACAGAUGUAGUUCCAUUUUCAAAAGCUAUAGCUGCUGAUCAAGAAACCAAGUCAAUUGAAAAGGAUGAAAAUAAGCUUCAGACAGCUGCUAACAAAAACACUGUAACUCUAGAAAGUGGCAAAAAACCGUUCGAUCACAAAGACUGUGGUUCAUUACAAGUUGUAAUUUCUGAAAAAUCUACCUUGCCAGAGCUUGCGUUACAAGUCAGACCUGAACAAAUAGUCUCAGGCUUUGUUACACAAGAACCAGAGCCUAAUGUAGAAGAUAAGUAUUGCAUAAAGAAGCUGAUCAAACUUCCUUCCAAACAUAUUGCAUCAGAUAAAGAUUUAUAUUCAAAAAAACCUUUAUGUUUAGACAUCAAGUCAAAAGAAAACCCAGAAGACAAAGAGAAAUGGUCAGGACAUGCAAAUUUUAAUGGCCAUGGCUUAAAUGAAAGCUUUGGUGGCUUCCAAACUGCUUCUAAUAAGCAGAUAAAACUCUCUGAAAAUAGCAUAACAAAAGGCAAAAUGUUGUUCAAAGAUAUGGAAGCUGAGUGCCUUGAAGACUUUUCCAGAGAAGGGAUCAAAAACAUUUCAAAUCAAAUUACAAAGGAAAAUGUUAAGAUUUCUCCAGUUGUGGAUAAUAAAUUGGACACUAACGAUUCCCAUGGUUUUGAUUCACAGGCAAGUCUUGUUGAACCUAAGAAUGCACAAGGUAUCCUGCCUGAAAGCAUUGAUUCAUCUCUUCAAAACUUGCCUAUAAAUCGACAACCUCAACUAAACCGAACUUUGACAGCAAGCCAAGAAGCUGAAAUUACUGAACUUUCUAACAUACUGGAAGAAACAAAUAGUCAGUUUGAAUUUACACAGUUUAGAAAGCAAAGUAAUAUGGUGCAAAAUAAUAGCUCUGAACUGUCUGGAUGUGUAGAUACAAAUGAAACAACUAACUUGAAGAAUAUUUCUGGUAUGUGGCAAGAUGCUGAUUUUGAUGACUCUUUUGAAACUGAAGCCCAAAGAGUAAAUGAUAAAUCUAGUAAGCACACCACAAAUGAAGAGUCUACAGUGAUGGGUAAUGUAAAAGAAGAGAGAGAUAUUUUCCAGAAAAAUAACUGUGAAGAGUUUACCUCUACUAACUUAUGCAGAAAUGCAAAUAAGACACUUCUUGUCCCAAGUUUUUCAGUAUCUACACAGGACAGUUUUUCUAAUUUUGGAGGGUUUAGUUCAGCUGGAGGCAAAAAAAUUAAUAUUUCUAAUGAGGUUUUGAUGAGAGCUGCAAAAUUGUUCAGUAACCUGGAUGAUGAUGGUGAGAUGUUUAAACCCACUGAGAUGAAUCCCAGAAGUGGUUAUUGUAAUAAACACAUGCCUUCUAGAAGGAAUGUUUCCAGAUGUUUGACAGAAAAAGACAACUAUUGUGGAGAAAGUUUAAAAGAUGCAAAUGUUGAAUACCAAAAUACACUGAAAAAUAAUGAAGAAAAUAUUAAUACAUUUGUGCAAAUACAUAAAGAAAAUCAGGGGAAAAGUACAAAAAAAAUGGGUGAAAAUGAUUUUAUUUCUAGUAGUACAAAAAUUAAUAAUUUAAAAGCUAUUAAAUAUUCUAGAUAUAAGAUGGAAAAUGGUCUGUCAUCUAGUGAAGACCACAAUCAGACUCUGAACAUGUCAACAAAAAAAAAUGAGAGUGACACUCACUCUCAGUAUAGUUUACAAGAAGGUUUGUCAGACCUAACAUGUUUGAGCGAAGUGUCUAAAACUGAAGAAAUAUUAACUUUAAAUAUUUCAGAUGAAACAGAACUGGAUCCUAAUAAAAAUGAACAAAAGGUAAAAAAUCUAGAUGAUUUUCAAACUACAUCUCGCAGUAAUAUAUCAGUAUCUCUAGCACCAUUGGAUAAACUCCAUUUGUUUGAAACAUGCACAGAAAAAGAGCUGGAUAAUAUUUCAUCAAAUUCCAAUAGGCAAAUGAGAAAUAGUGUAAACAAGAAAGGCAGAGGUGCUACUUCUGUAAAAAAAACCAUUAAUGUAAACCAAAACAAAUCCAAAAUAGGCUCUGACCAUCAACAAAUCUCCAUCCAAGACACAGAUUUUGAAAUAAAAAAUAUAAAACAGAACAAUAUGACAAGUUUCCAUACCGCUAGUGGCAAGAGAGUUAUAAUUACUGAUGAAUCUUUGACUAAAGCAAAACAAAUUUUUGCAGAAGAAAAUGUUUUCCUAGAAAAUAAGCAUAAUAUUGGUAAUUUUGAGGACUCCAAGAUUCAGGCUUUAAAAAAAAAGAAAUAUAACAAAGACAUUAUCAAAGAUUGUGAGUUAUUUGCAGAAAUUACUCCCAAAUAUUAUCAAGAAAUGCUUAACCUUACAGGUAACCUUGUUUCUAAAGAACUUGAUAAUCUACCUAAAAAGAUAUUAGAUGAUAGUCUAAUUAAACAACCUGUGGAUGUUGAAACUGUGAAAAAACUUUCAGUAGAGGUACAUUUAUCUGCUAAUUUGGACAAAGAACCUGAAGAACACUCAGAAACUUCAUUUUCAAAAAAGCCUGUUUGUGUGGCCAUAGGAAAGUCAGAUUUAGGAUUUUAUACUGGAAAUGACAAAAAAAAAUCUCUAAGUGAGGCAUCUUUAUUUGAGGCAAGAAAGCUAUUUGCAGAGGGAGAUCUGGAAAAUUCAUCCCAAAAAAAUGAUGGCUCAAAAAGUACAUUAAUUGUUUCUGCUAUUGAUCAGAUUACUACAGAUUUGCAGUUAAAAGAAGUAUCCGAUAUUCUUGCAGAACAUCCCAUCUACAUAAAUAUGAAAAAUAUUUUAAAUGUAAAGGAGGACAAAAUAAAAAAUGAUUCUCUUUACUUAACUCACAGGGAAGAACAUUGCUCUUUUCAUUUAAAAGAUGAUAGUAAAGGGUCUGACUUUCAACAUUCAAAUGAUUCAAGUCAUGAUGUGAACUGCUUCCCAGAAAAUAUGGAUAGUGUUUCUCAAGAUCAGCCACUCAUAAGUCUCACUGCAGACAAAAACAACUUAGUUAGUUCUGAAGAUUUUCAAAAUGAGAGUUAUGUGAAUCAAAACUGUGAUUUAAAAUUUCUGGAUGCCAAGAAUGUUUUGAAAAUCUCAGCCACUGAAGUGGCAGGCUCCAGUUCAAAGUUUUCUAAGGAUGGACUAGUUCCAUUCAGUACAGCAAGAGGUAAAACAGUCACUGUUUCCUAUGAUGCACUAAAGAGAGUCCGACAGAUGUUUCCAGAAAACUCUGAUAAAUCUAGGAAACAGAACACUGAAACUAAAUCAGAAACUAAUCAAAAUGAAAUUGCAGCAAAUUGCUCUCAGACCUUGGACAGUGCUAAGUGCUCCACUUCUGCUAACUCUUCAAAUAUAGACAAGAAUGAGACCUAUAAUUCAUCUACAUGCCAUUUUCCCAAUGCAAAUGAGAACAGCUAUGAAGAUGGACAAGCACUACAGUACAAUAGAAAUAAAUCUGUAGAUAUUGGGUCUGAGCCAAGUCCUCAGACGUCAUGCUUUCAGGUGAAUGACACAUUUUCUGGCCUAUGUAAGUUUUCUAAAAAACUAAAUCAUCAGUCAGACUUUUCUACAGGUAAUUAUGGAUUUUUUAGCACAGCAAGUGGUAAACCUGUACAGUUAUCUGAAGAUUCAUUAAAGAAAGCUAGAAGUCUCUUUUCUGAAAUUGAAAAUAAUAAUUUGUCAGAUCAACAAUGUGUAUCAGAGCUGAAAUGUGAUUAUGAUGCAUCUUCAGUUGGGGACCAAGUAGAAAAGUUUGUUGGAACAGGAAGUACUUCAGCACUUAGGAAAUCUGAGAUAGCAAUAUUACAAGAAAAAAGAUUUCCAAACCCUGAACUGAUUUCAAAUGCUACUUUCGGAUUCAGCACAGCAAGUGGAAAGCAAGUGCUAGUUUCUGAAAGUGCUUUUCUGAAAGUGAAGCAGGUGUUCGAUGACACUGCCAACAGCAAAUACUGCUUUGCAGAUCAACUUAGUUUAAGACAAGAUCCUGUUACAGCCCUAAAAUCUUCUGUUAAUUAUGUUGAUGCAACCAAAGCAGUAGAUAAAGCCUCUUUAAAAUCCCAAAUCCAGGAAACUCAUAAUGAAGAACUUGACUUAACAAAUAGCUGUCCUCUUGAAAUGAAGCCUUUACGAAACAUUUACAAUAUUAAAAUACCUGCAUGUGCACCUCACAGUGAGAAAGAUGAGCACCUAACUCUGUUAAACAGUUUUACACCUUCAGAGGAGACUCAGCUUUUCGAAAAAGAGCAUCACGGUCUAAAUAGGAUGGAAAUGGAAGCUGAAGCAGUUCCGUGCAGUGCUCCAACUAAAACAAAGCUGGAUGUUUAUCAUCUUACACGCUCCCAAAGUUCAGAAAAAUACUUGGAAACAGAAGCAGUAGAAAGUGCCAAAGCUUUUAUGGAAGAUGAUAAACUCUCUAAUUCUGGAGUAGAAAAUAAUACAAAAAAAACCCUCUUUUUUUGUAGAAAGAUUGAUAAAAACUGUCCAUUAAAUAUGAGAAUUGGGAAAAGACACAUGGAAGAGAAAACCUCACUUGGAGAACCUCCAAUUAAAAGACAACUAUUACCUGAAUUUGACAGAACAGAGAAUCCCCACAAAUCUUUGAAAGCUUCAAAAAGCACUCCAGAUGGCACAGUGAAAGACAGAAGAAAGUUUAUGUACCAUAUUCCUUUAAAACCUGAAACUUGUGUUCCUUUCAGUGCUACUAAAGAACGACAAGAAGUCAAGAAUCCUAAUCUUACUAUACCAGACCAGGGUUUUAAAGGAUUUAAAUCUAAAUCUGACAUUUUUCAGCAUCAUGUGUUAAGACAGUCUUUAAGUGGUACAUCAGGCUUUUUUACUCCAUUUAAUAAGAUUUCUGCUGAAGAAACUGAGAAAAGAAGAAAUCUGCCGGUAUUGAGCAAAACUGCCAAAACUUUUGUGCCACCUUUCAAAGUUAAGACAAAUGUUUCCACAAAUGAGCAGCAUGGCAGCAAAAGACUUGACUCAUUGAUUAACAAAAAUAUGAAUAGAGAUAAAGAACUAAAAGAUGUCACAAUUCAACCAAAUACUGGAGAGUCUGAAGAUUAUCAGUUAGAGGAGAAAGAUUGCACCAAUCAAGUUACAGUGUGUAAUUUAGGAGAUAAUGGAGAUGGUGAUUCAGCAGAUUUGAUGGAAAUGAUUGCAAACCUUCACUGUGCCAGAAAUCUGCAAGAGAUGAGAAUUAGAAAGAAAAAAAGGCAAAAUAUUCACCCACAGCCAGGCAGUCUUUAUCUCAUGAAAACAUCUGCAGCAAAAAGGAUCUCCCUGAAAGCUGCUGUAGAAGAAAAAUCUCCUAGUACUUAUUCCAUUGAACAGCUGCACAUGUAUGGUGUUUCGAAGCACUGCAUAAAAGUUAACAGCGUAAAUGCAGAAUCUUUCCAGUUUCUCAUCCAGGAUUUUUUCAGUAAGGAGUAUUUACUGGCUGGACAUGGAAUACAGCUUGCUGACGGAGGAUGGCUUAUACCUACUGAUGAGGGAAAGGCAGGGAAAGAAGAAUUUUACAGGGCACUCUGUGAUAUACCUGGUGUGGAUCCAAAGCUAAUUACUGAAGCCUGGGUCUACAACCACUAUAGAUGGAUUGUAUGGAAAUUGGCAGCUAUGGAAAUCUCUUUUCCACAGGAGUUUGCUAAUAGGUGUUUGACACCAGAAAGAGUGCUACUUCAGUUAAAAUACAGGUAUGAUUUGGAAAUUGAUAAAAGUCAGCGAUCAGCUAUCAAAAAGAUAGUGGAGAGAGAUGAUACAGCUGCAAAAACACUCAUACUGUGUGUUUCUAAAAUCAUAUCAUUAAAUGAAAACAUGCCUGAUAUCUGUAGUAAUAAAAACAUUGUGGAAAGCAAAAAAAAAGCAGCAGUGAUUGAAGUUACAGAUGGGUGGUAUGGGAUUAGGGCUCUCUUGGAUCCUCCUCUCCAAGCACUGUUACAUGGAAGAAGGCUGACUGUUGGUCAGAAGAUCAUAGUACAUGGAGCAGAACUUGUGGGCUCUCAAGAUGCAUGCACACCACUGGAAACUCCAGACUCUCUUAUGUUAAAGAUUUCAGCUAACAGUACUCGACGUGCUCGGUGGCAUGCCAAACUAGGAUUUCAUCAGGAUCCCAGACCUUUUCCUUUGCCCUUGUCAUCACUUUUCAGUGAAGGUGGUACUGUUGGGUGUAUUGAUAUAGUUAUUCAAAGAGCUUAUCCUAUUCAGUGGGUGGAAAAAGUACCAACUGGAUCAUAUGUGUUUCGUAAUGGUCGAGCUGAAGAAAGGGAAGCUGCAAAGCAUGCAGAGAAUCGACAAAAACACCUGGAAGCUCUGUUUUCACAAAUCCAAGUGGAGUUUAAACAGCAUGAAGACAAACCUCAAAGAAGAGCACUGAGAUCGCGUGCACUCACCAGACAGCAGAUUCAUGCUUUGCAAGAUGGUGCAGAGCUUUAUGAAGCACUUCAGAAUGCAUCUGAUCCUGGUUGUAUGGAGGGCUAUCUUAGUGGGGAGCAAUUAAAAGCCUUGAAUACUCACAGACAGAUGUUGAAUGAUAAGAAGCAAGCUCAGAUAGAAGCAGAAUUCAAGAAGGCUAUAGAGUCUGCUGAACGGGAAGAACAUGGUUGCUCCAAAAGGGAUGUGUCUACUGUAUGGAAGUUACGUGUUGUGGAUUACAGAAAACAAGAAAAAGAUAACGCCAUUAUAUUGAAUAUAUGGCGUCCAUUAUUGGAUGUAUGUUCUUUGUUAAAAGAAGGUGGUCGGUACAGAAUAUACCAGCUAGUAGCUUCGCAAUCCAAAGGCAAAUCAGACACUGUUAAUGUACAGUUAACAGCCACAAACAAAACUCAGUACCUGCAACUACAGGCUUCGCAAGAGGUGCUGUUACAGAUGUACAUUCCAAGGAAGGCUCUGCAGUUCAGCAUGUUGUUGGAUCCAUCUUUUCGACCAGCCUGUGCUGAAGUGGAUUUAGUGGGAUUUAUAGUUUCUGUUAGCAAGAGAACAGGUUUCACUACUCUGGUAUAUUUGUCAGAUGAAGAUCAUAAUCUAGUGGCCAUCAAGAUCUGGACAGACCUUAAGCAACUUGCUAUUGAAGACAUAAUUAACCCUUUUACAUUGAUUUCUGCAAGCAAUCUUCAGUGGAGAUCUGAAUUCAAAUCAGAAAUUCCCACCUUAUUUGCUGGAGACCUUUCCAUAUUCUCUGCAAGUCCUAAGGAUCGCUAUCUUCAAGAGAGAUUUAAUAAACUGAAGAGCACAACAGAGAAUGUAAAUUGCUUUUACAAUGAAGCAGAACGCAAACUGAUGAAUUUGCUUCAAAGAAAUGACCCACAACCAUAUAACUUACCUAAAGAGUGUGGUUUAGAUCACCUUUCUCCUUCCUGGAAAUCAGGACUUGAUGCAGGAAAUAAAUGUCUGAUUUCCUCUCCUAAUAGCGAAAUAAAGUAUCAGAGGUCUUUGCCAGCCAGCAAGCGUGACCUGAAACUUGUUCCACAAGGCUCAGCACAAAUGACCCCACAUACUUCUUAUAGUGAAGAACCCCCCAAGAACUGCAAAAAAAGAAAAGCUCUGGACCUGCUCAGUCAAAUACCUUCCCCUCCUCCAGUGACACCAAUCAAUUCGUUUGUUUCUUCAUCUUUGAAAAAGGCUUUUCAGCCACCACGAAGCUCUGGUGUCCAGUAUAACAAAUCAUUGAAGAGAACAAAUCAUAACUCUGGUCAUAUCAACUCCUUUAAAAGGACAAAUGAAACUGCCCCUCUUCCUGAGAAUGACUUGGUUGCUGAUGAAGAACUUGCAAUGAUAAACACACAAGUGCUCUUGUAUAAAUUGCCAGAAGAAAAGAAGAUAGAUUGUGUGGCUGAAUCCACCAGUGCAAUAUCCAAUUAUUCAUCAGAUCACCUUUUACUCAAUAAGAAUUCUCCUAAGUCUGCUGCAGAAACAAAAACUUUACAAAACAAUACUGAAGGAGCUGAGGCUCCUGGGAAAGACCCAAGGGAAAGUGAGGGCUCAUUAGCAAUCCAAAAGAAGCUACAAAGGCUAAGAAAACGAAAAUGCUACUAAAUGCAUAUGUACCGUACUGUAUAUACUUCAUAUUUAAAUGAUUUUUUUAGUCUUUGCACAUUGUAAACAUUUAUACAGUACCUAAUUGUACUUAAUAAUGCACAUCUAUAUUGCAAAAACAAAGGUUUAAUAAAUAGAAUUUGCUCUA